UCCCGACAUCCUGGCCAGGCUGAAGUGCCUCCCUGCAUUCCCUGUACAGUCAGUGGAACUGUAGUUGUAGCUUUCAGGGUUCCAAUGUUGUUUCCAGAAUUUUGGGGGGUUUAGGUUGUUAACCAGGUUAAUGUUGUAUGCAGUGUCUUGGUGUGGGUUGGGUGAGGAAUGGAGGCCAUGGAUAAAUAACAGCAGUAUCCAGAUGCCUCGCCCGCUCCUUGUGCAACCGAUGUCCCCAUCCCAGAUCCUUCCUCUUGCAGUCCCAUCCCUGUUCCCUUCCCCAGGGGUCCCUAUCCUUGUCCUCACCCCUGGGUCCCCUUCCCUGGGUGUCCCCAUGCUUGGGAGCCCAUUCCCACAUGCCUAUCCUUGCCGCCAUCCCCAGGACCCCAUAGUUGGGUGUCCCUGUCCCUGGUGAGUGCUCCCAGGCUGAGUGUCCCUAAGGGUGGGUGUCCCCAGGGUGGGUGUCCACAGCCUGGAUGUCCCUGUCCCCAGUAGGGGGGAUGUCCCCAGCCUGGAUGUCCCCAGGGUGAGUGUCCACAACGUGGGUGGCCCUGUCCCCAGUCUGGAUGUCCCCAUCCUCGUGGGUGUCCCAUUGUUGGUGUCCCCAGGCUGGGUGUCCCUGUACCUGCUGGGUGUGUCCCCAGGGUGGGUGUCUCUGCUCAGUGUUCCUGUCCUCAGGCCAGGUGUCCCUGUCCCCAUGGUGAGUGUGUCCCUGUCCCCAUGGUGGGUGUGUCCCUGUCCCCAUGGUGGGUGUGUCCCUGUCCCCAUGGUGGGUGUGUCCCUGUCCCCGUGGUGGGUGUGUCCCCGCAGCUCCCCCGCCCCUCGCUCCGCGGAUCCGCCUCCCUUGUUCCCUGCCGGCGCCCGUAGGAGGCGGGAGCAGCGGCGGCGCGGGGCGGGCCCGGAGCGGCCCCGGCUGUUUUUCCCGGCCAUUGAUUGUCCCGGCCAUCGCCCCGGGACGGGCGGGGGGUCCGGGUAUCGCUCACCCUUCGCGGGGCUGUGCCCGGAGCCCCGCGGGGCGGACGGCGGGGGAAGGCGGCAGGACCGGGCGGGGCCGCGGGAGGGACCGCGGGAGGGACCGCGUGGUGCGGCCGGGCGGGGAGUGCGGGGCGGCGGCACCGACCUGCCCUGCCCCGUGUCACCGCACCGGGACCCGCCUGCCCCGUGUCACCGCACCGGGACCCGCCUGCCCCGUGUCACCGCACCGGGACGGGAUGGACGGAGCGGGGCCGGGGCCGGAGGAAGGCGAGGAGCGGGAGCCCGGGGCCGUCAGCGAGAGGAGUUUCCUGGAGAGCUUCACCGAGAGCCGGGAGGUCGCCGAGCUCAUCGCGAACCUCAGGGGCGUCUUCGGGGAGCUGGUGACCCGGGAGAUGGCCGUGGAGCGGUUCGUGGGUAUAAUGGACAAGUACCAGGAGCAGCCUCACCUUUUGGACCACCACUUAGAGGGGAUGAUGAAUUCCUUGUUGGAUAUAGCACGGGACAAAGGAUCUCCUCCCCCUCUAGUUCACCUGGCUUUUAAAUUUCUUUACAUCAUCACAAAGGUGAGAGGGUACAAACGUUUCCUCCCCCUGUUUCCUCACGAAGUCCGGGACCUGCAGCCUGUUCUGGACAUGCUCGCGGAGCAGAACCCCAGGGAUUCCGAGACCUGGGAGACUCGUUACAUGCUCUUGCUGUGGCUGUCCAUGAUCUGCCUGAUUCCUUUUGAUCUGGCCCGUUUUGAUGGAAACCUUGUUUCAGAGGGAGGGAAGGCUCGGCAGCCGACCAUGGAUCGCAUCCUGGAAAUAGCUAAAUGUUACCUGGUUGUCAGUGACAAGGCUCGGGAUGCAGCUGCUGUGCUGGUGUCCAAGUUUAUUGUUCGCCCUGAUGUCAGGCAAAGCAGGAUGGCAGAAUUCCUGGACUGGGUGCUCUCCAUGUUAUCCAAAUCCUCCUCCCAGACCAUGGAGGGGACUGUCAUCGUGAAUGGCAUGCUCCAGGCCCUGGCACAGCUGUUUAAACAUGGCAAGAGAGAGGAUUGCUUGCCGUAUGCUGUUACUGUGCUCGAGUGCCUGGACAAGUGCAAGUUGUCAGAGAGCAACCAGAUGGUCCUGCGCAAGCUGGGCAUGAAACUGGUUCAGAGACUGGGACUGACAUUUGUGAAGCCAAAGGUGGCGAAAUGGAGGUACCAGCGUGGCUGUCGCUCUCUGGCUGCCAACCUGCAAGCUCAGGGUGCUGUUGUGCAGAACCAAAAGAGAGAAGCUGCUGCUGAAGCUGAUGAUGAUGAGGAAUAUGACAUCCCAGCAGAGAUUGAAAACGUUGUAGAGCAACUGUUGGUUGGGCUGAAGGACAAAGACACCAUCGUCAGGUGGUCUGCAGCCAAAGGAAUUGGUAGAAUAACUGGAAGACUUCCAAAAGAAUUAGCAGAUGAUGUGAUCGGGUCUCUGUUGGACUGUUUCAGUUUCCAGGAGACGGACAACGCGUGGCACGGGGGGUGCCUGGCCCUGGCCGAGCUGGGCAGGAGAGGAUUGCUGCUCCCUUCCCGAAUUUCAGAUGUCGUUCCUGUCAUGCUGAAGGCUCUGACCUACGAUGAGAAGAGGGGGGCCUGCAGCGUGGGCUCCAACGUCAGGGACGCCGCCUGUUACGUGUGCUGGGCCUUCGCCCGCGCCUACGAGCCCGCAGAGCUGAUACCCUUCAUCAGCCACAUCUCCAGUGCAUUGGUUAUUGCUGCAGUAUUUGAUCGUGACGUUAAUUGCAGAAGAGCUGCUUCUGCUGCCUUCCAGGAGAAUGUUGGGAGACAGGGCACUUUUCCCCAUGGCAUCGACAUUCUCACUGCAGCUGAUUAUUUUGCUGUUGGGAACAGAGUUAACUGUUACCUCACUAUAAGUGUGUAUAUUGCUGGCUUUCCUGAGUAUACACAGCCAAUGAUUGAUCAUUUAGUUAAUAUGAAGAUUAACCACUGGGACAGUGUUAUUCGAGAACUUUCAACCAAAGCCCUGCACAACAUCACUCCCCGGGCCCCCGAGUACAUGGCGAACGUGGUUUUGCCAAGACUUCUGCCUUUAUCAGUGGGCUCAGAUCUGCACACACGCCAUGGGGCAAUCCUUGCCUGUGCUGAGAUCACCCAUGCUCUGUGUAAACUGGCACAAGAGAAUAAUAGAUCUGUAACGUACUAUUUCAGUGAAAAAUCAUUGGAGGGACUUAAACAAAUCCACCAAGAGCUUUGCAGUCGUCAGUUGUACAGGGGUUUAGGUGGAGAACUGAUGAGACCGGCUGUCUGCACUUUGAUUGAAAAGCUGUCACUAUCAAAAAUGCCAUUUAGAGGAGAUCCAAUAAUUGGUGGUUGGCAGUGGUUAAUAAAUGACAGUCUAAGACAUCUCACUCUUGUUUCCAGUGGUGCACGACAGCACAUAAAGGAGUCUGCAGUGUCUGCACUGGCUGCCCUGUGCAAUGAAUUUUACAUCAAUGAGGAGGGAGAAGCUGAUCCAGCUCUGCAGGAUGAGCUGGUGACACAGUACGUUUCAGAACUACAAAACACAGAGGAAAUGAUCCGUUGUGGCUUUUCACGAGCUCUUGGGGCCCUUCCAAGGUUUCUGCUGAAGGGCAGGCUCCAACAGGUUUUGGAAGGUUUGAAAAAAGUUACCUUAAUUUCCCCUGAAGACGUGAGCUUUGCAGAAUCCAGGAGAGAUGCCUUAAUAGCAAUUGCAAAGGUUUGCCAGACAGUGGGUGUGAAGGGAGAAGGAUCCCGGGAGGAAUUUGUGUGCAGGGAUAACGUGGAUGAGAUUUACGCGACGCUGCUCAACGGGGUGACCGACUACACCACGGACAGCCGGGGGGAUGUGGGAGGAUGGGUGCGUGAAGCUGCCAUGACCAGUUUGAUGGAGGUGACGCUGCUGCUGGUCCAGAACGAGGCAGAGCUAAUUAAUGCCAGCAUCUGCAGGCAGAUUAUGUGCUGGCUGGCUCAACAGUCAGCUGAAAAAAUAGAUAAAUUUCGAGCUCAUGCAGGAUCUGUGUUCCUGACCCUCCUACACUUUGACCGUCCUCCAGUUCCACACAUCCCUCACAGACAAGAGCUAGAGAGGAUAUUUCCAAGGUCAGAGAAGGAGACUCUGAACUGGAAUGCUGCAUCUGAAGCUUUCCCUCGGAUCACCCAGCUCCUGGCAUUGCCAACCUACCAGUACUUUGUGCUCCUGGGGCUCUCAGUGUCCGUGGGGGGACUCACAGAGACCACGCUCAGAUACUCUGCCCAGAGCCUGUUCGACUACAUGAAGAAAAUCCAGGGUGAUCCCAGUGCUCUGGAGAGUUUCUGUGAGACGUUGCUAAAGGUCUUUGAGGACAACCUGCGGAAUGACCGGGUGUCUGUGCCUCUCCUGACAAUGCUGGACCAGCUGCUGGCAAAUGGCUGCUUCGACACAUUCACUGAGCAAGAGAACCACCCCUUCCCAGUGAAGUUGUUCACCCUCUGUAAAGAAGAGAUCAAAAGAUCCAAAGACAUCCGGAAGCUUCGCUCCAGCAUCGGAGUGUUUUGUGGCCUGAUUCAAUUCCAAGGAGACAUGAGAGAGAAAGUUUUCUUUCAGCUGUUUCUCCUCCUUUGCCAUCCCUUUCCUAUAAUCCGUAAGACCACGGCCAGCCAGGUGUACGAGAUGCUGAUAACCUACGGCGACGUGGUGGAUCCUGCCAUCAUGGACGAGGUCAUGGCCAUCCUCAGUGACACCAACUGGGAAGCAGAACUGCCCGUGGUGAGGGAGAGACGCAACUGCCUCUGUGACCUCCUGAAAGUGCCCAAACCUCAGCUGGUGUCCAAGAGUUCAGCAUGAGGAAGCUGCAGCCACUGGUCUGUACCUGGAGCUCGUGGCUCCAGUGCCAUGGGGAUGGGAGCAGGCUGUGCCAUGGCAUCCUGACACGCUGGAGCUCAGCAGGAGCUGAGCUGGACACUGCUGGACAGAAGAGGCAGAGCCUGUCUGAAAGCACAGUGCAGAUGUGCCACAGGAAGGCAACCAAAACCCACUGUUUGCAGUUUUUAAUGUUGUUACAUGGCAGGUUCUUGUCAUGCUCUGUCACUCUGACCCGUCUGUUCUGAUGUCAAUGAUUUGUAUGUCCCAACUGAACAGAGCUUGUGCUUGCUGUCCACACACUGAGUAUUAAACCUGACCUGCUGCACUGCUCUCUAAAGCAUUGGUUUUUCAUCAAGUGGAGAAAUCUGUUGCUCCUGUGCCACAGUCAAACAAAAAAAAAAUCCAGGUUCAUUUCAGCUAAAGCCUCUCUUAACUACUUUUUAUGUAACUAAUUCAGGCAAAUGGUUUCUGUGGUAAAGUAGCUUUAGGGAUGGAGCUUUAUUUUACUGAAGACUUGAGGUGAAUCAGUUCUUCAAGUACCUGUCAGCCUAUUUCUUACUCCUGUAAAAUGAAACUGCUCCAACACUGAUCUUUAGUGAGACUCCUGUGACGGGGAGGGCAAAUGCACAGGCCACAUGAUCUUGUAAUUACACUGUUAUUUGAUGGCUCUAAUUAAAUCCCACUCUCCCAGCA